AUGAACAUCUUCCGCAUCCUCGCCGAUGUCUCACACACGGCGAGCAAGUGUAUCCUCAUCUGGGCUAUCCACCGCAACCAGUCUGCGGAGGGAGUCUCCUUGCUCACACAGCUCCUCUACAUCCUGGUGUUUGUGAACAGGUAUUGGGACCUCUUCUGGACUCCGCCAGGAUGGAGCGUCUGGAAUUUCAUCCUGAAGAUAUUCUACAUCGCUAGUAGCGCCUACAUCGUCUUCCUUAUGAUGCGCGUCUACCCGCGGACACGUGAGAAGGAGUACGGAUGGAAACUGGCCAUAUGGAGUCUGGCUGGCAGUGCCAUCUCAGCGCCAUUCGUGACGCUCAUAUUCAAGGGCUGGUGGAGGACUACCUUCUUCGAGACGCUCUACACCUUCUCCCUCGAACUCGAAUCCGUCUGUGUACUUCCCCAACUUCUACUCCUCCGCCAGACCAGCGUACCAACAGUGCUCGACUCAUUCUACCUCGUCACCCUAGGCAGCUACCGCGCCUUCUACCUCCUCAACUGGCUCGUACGAGGCUUCUCGCGCGAUCCCGUGAACCGCGCCGUCGACCCCAUCGCCAUCAUCUUCGGCCUGGUCCAGACAGCCUUGUACGUGGACUUCGCAUGGGUGUACUACGGUCGCCAGCGCGUGAAGCUCCGAGCUGGCGGCGUGGUGGACAGCGACGACUUGAGCAAGAGCUUUCUCGUCAGGCGCAUUAUUGGCCAGGAUAGAGGGCCCGCGGACGAGGACGACGAUGCUUGGGAUGCGGAAGCGGAGAGGCGGGAGAAUUGGGUGGGAGAUGACGCUGCCACGCAAAGACCUGCUGCGCCGAAGAGUGCGCGGAGCUGGGGACGGAGAGGUAUCUCUGUUUCUGCGGACGAUACGCUAGCAGAGCAUGAUCGUGCGGCGAGGGAUGCGCAGCCAAUGACCGAUCCCGCAGCUUUUGAGGAUGAGGAAGACGAUGAGGCUGCUGAUGCGCCGUCUCCGCCCGCAAAGAAUAGCUCUGAUCAUACUGAGAUGCCAGCGUCAUCGCACAAUGCAGACGAGCAUGCUACGGACUUGGGCAGUAGCGCGGAAGAGUGGCAACAGAAUGCUGGCGAUAGGUCGUAG